AUGGUCUGGCACAGUUGUUUAGUUCUCGGAAGAUGGUUUUCAAGGGCCGAAGUUGCGCGAUGGUUCGCGGACACGUUCGCGGGAGCGACGAGGCGGUUUUUAGAGAUUGGUGGCGGAAACUGCAUCGCGGGCAUGGCGUUCGCGGCGCAGAUCGGCGAUGGGAAAUGGGACGUAGUGUUGACCGACGCUGACGCGGAAGCGGUUCGAAAUACGAUGUACAACGCGUCGAAGCAGGACAGUUUGCGAAAUCGCUCGGUUCGAUGCGAGACGCUCGAUUGGAACGCCGAUGAAGAUUUCUGCGCGCGACACGGCGCGAGAACGUUUGACGUCAUCAUAGGUACGGAUGUCGUGCACGAAGAGUCCAUGGCUCCCGGUGUGUUGCGCGCCCUCGAUAGAUACCUGGCUCCGGAUGGACUCGCCAUCGUCGUCAAUCCGGCACCGCACUCGCGAGGGGGCGCGGCGAGCUUCCAGAAAUUGCUCGAUGAGCGCGCGUGGCGCGUCGAGACGCAUCACGGUAUUUCUAAUAGUAUCCUAUGCGUCGGGAUUGAAGAAGAGUGUGAGGAUGUACCGCUAGACUUUUACGUCAUCCGGCGCCGUGAGACAAUAGACCUCGACCUGCCGCCGAUGCAAAACUUGGGAAAAUAG